AGCCCAAAAUCAUGACACUCAAGCUCGACAACAAUACAACAUCUAGUUGAUAAUCUGCUGAAUCUCACCUGCUGCUAAAUCAAAAGUUAUAAAUGGGGAACUCUCAAAGCGUGAAACCCUUGGUAACGAGUAUUAUAACUUACGAAGAAGCUUUGUCAAGGAUAACAGCUGAAGAGUAUGAGCAUCUCCAGACAUCGUACGAAGAUCUGCUUGGCUUGCCGGAUCAGACCAGUUUUGUUUCUAAAGCUUUCUUGGGGUUUCCUGAAAAGUUUUCAGCACAAGUGUACAAAGUGUUCGCUCCGUACGAUAACCUCUCACUGGAGAAGCUACUAGUCGGCUUAGUAAUCAUGAUACGAGGCACUCGAAGUGAGAAGUUACAACUUCUUUUCUACUCAAUGUCAAGUGAUGGUAACAAGGUUUCUCAAGAAGACAUGGCGAGUAGCCUCGUAUCCUGGGGUAUUGAGAUUCCUAAGAACCUCGAUUUUCUCUUCACUGUUUCGGAGGCUUGCUCUUUCGAACACUUUCUAAAAUGGAUCGAGAAAUUCUCACCAAAUUUGGGUGUGUACGAUUGGGUUCUUGAUAACGAGGGCUACGGUUUCAUUUGCCAGGGAGUCCGGGCAUUCCAGACAUACCACCAGUUCCUGGCUGAGCAGGCUUCCUUUACUGAGAAGCAAGUCACUGCUCUAGAGAAACAUUACAAUAAACUGAGGAUGCUGUUCUCCCGAUCUAAGAGAUUUGAUUUGGAUGCCAUGUACCAGUGUCUUCAUCCUCUUUACACUUUCGAGUUCUCUCAGCGCUUCUUUCACGCUUUCGAUCUCAACAAGGAUGGAACUAUCGACUGCAGAGAACUGGUAAUCGGUCUGUCCGCUAUCCUUGAAGGGGAAGACAGUUUUGCUAAGUUUGUGUUCGAUAUGUUCGACGAGAACGGAACAGGUGUUCUGCUGCCAGACGAGGUUGAGAAUUUCACUCGGAUGAUAUCAACAUUUUGUCUAGUCACAGACUCGCUCAAGCUGGACACUGACCACACCCUUCCAGAGGGUUCUAUCCCUGUCAGCGAGUUUAUCCACUGGUGCAACAACAGUUUGUCCAUGUACAAGUUCCUAUCUCACCUAAAGAACAUAGUCUACAUUGUAUUCGGGGUUAAACCCGACCUCACCUUUAACAUUAUACGCCAGUGGAUGGAAAUGGAGGCUAACAUGAAUCUUAUUACUGGAAAGAUGUACUACAUUGCAAAUAAUGAGUGGUUCAAAGGAUCGGGUGGGUUCGUUAACAACAGUCCUAUCUUAGCUCCAGGACAAGUAAACGGACACAAAACAGUACCCAGCAUAACAAGAGAGGGAGGUACCCUGAGAACUGGACUACUUCAGGGGGUCGACUAUCAGAUUAUCUCGCAGGUUCUGUGGUGUACACUAGAAGACUGGUACGGCUGUGACACAGCAAUAUGUAGACGAGCCAGACUGACCCCUACUGGUACUGUUAUCUUGGAACUAUUCCCUCUCAAACUUAACUUCUACAAGCAGCCGAGACCGACCCACACGGCACAAGAAGCCCUCAACGCCCCUUCUAUCCCUCUCAACCUGCAGUCCAGUAUUGAGUUCAAUGCAGUCUCUGAUAUUCCACGUCAUGUACUCAGUUACACUGGGGUGUUCUAUACUGAUGAUACGCUCAGUUCUAUUAUCGACUUCUUGAGCACAAAGCUUAAACUGGGUCGUGAAGAUCUCAGAUUGUGGAAAAUACUACCAAAUCACAAAGUAAUACUUCUGGACGAGACAGAGGAUAAAACUCUUGAUAGCUUAGGUGUUCAACAUUUCAACAAUAUUCUGAUUGAGGUGAGGAAUACGGAUAUGAGUUGGCCGGAAGAAGUAGUGAACAUCGUGACACAGAAUCGUGUUAUAGACAGGCGCGCGCCAACUGCACGUGUAAACGGGACAACGGGUCUUAACAACUUGGGCAAUACUUGCUUUAUGAACAGCAGCAUUCAGUGUCUCAGUAACACCCGUGCUCUGACGGUAUAUUUUCUGAAGGAGCUGCACCAGAAGGAACUGAACCAGAAUAAUCCGGACAGCUUGAACGGUCUUCUAGCUCUUAGGUACGGAACUCUAAUAAAGAAUCUGUGGAGUUGUUCAUCACGUACGAUAGCGCCUCUCAAGAUGCGGUGGACUGUCGGCAAGUUCGCACCUCAGUUUAGCGGGUUUGGGCAACACGACGCACAGGAGUUGCUUGAUUUCUUGUUGGAUGGUUUGCAUGAAGAUCUAAACAGGAUUACAACAAAACCGUACACACCAAUGAAAGACAGCAACAACCGGUCCGAUCUAGAAGUUUCUGUAGAGUUCUGGAACAACCACGUGGCACGCAACCGGUCAAUUAUCGUGGAUCUAUUCCACGGACAACUUAAGUCGACCCUAAGAUGUUGCACGUGUGGAUUCACUUCAGUUACGUUCGAUCCCUUCUCUUUCCUCUCCCUUCCCCUACCGGAGAAUGAAAAUGUCAUAAUCGAGGUAUUCGUAGUGCGACUAGAUCCCGACAAUAAAACCACCCAAUACUGCCUCUGGCUAAACAACGAAUACACACUCAACCACGUCCGCAAACGCCUCAUCGCCAAGAUCCCCGCCAUCAAACACCUCCUGUUCGUAGAUGUGGAGAACAGCGUGGUUAAACGCAUCAUCGGCAUCGACCAACCCCUCCACAACAUAAACUUCCCUCUAUACGCGUUCGAGCUGCCGGGAGAGGGCCCCAAACCUGACGACUACGUGGUGGUCUACUCACGUCAUUACGUCACCAUUGACAAGUACUUCUUCGACUGGCAGCACCGUCAGGUUAACUUGUUCGGGACCCCCUUUAUUAUCCCCACCAUGGCGUCCCAGGAUGUCAGCCAGUCUGUGACCAUCAGGGAGCGGAUUAGGAAUUAUCUGAUUAAGAUGUACGGGUUUGAUGACGAUUUUAUUGAUAAUAUGAUGUACAAUAUCAAUAUCAAUAAAGUGAAACAGGGCGGAAGGGACUGUUGUAUUUGUCAGUGGAGAGAGCUAUGUUAUGGACACAAACUUCUCGAUGAUCCAGAUCUGGGAGAUUGCGGUUAUCUGACAGUUGAUUGGAGUUCUGCUGUUGUUCACCUUAUCAGGCAAUAUGAUGACGAUGUAACUAUUCUUCAGGAUAGCAGCGUUAAAGAGGCGAAACUGAGGCAGUCACAGUCGGUCGACCUAUCGCUUUGCCUGAAAGGUUUCACAAAAGAAGAGGAGAUUGCUGAAUGGUACUGUACACGGUGUUCUUCUCACAAGACUGCGAUCAAGAAACUUGAUAUCUGGAAAUUACCUCCUUUCCUCAUCAUACAUCUUAAGCGGUUUUCCUUCCAAGGUGGUAAAUGGGUGAAGUGUAAACGAACGGUGUCGUUCCAAGACAGCUUCGACCCAUCUCCAUUCCUAGUUCAGUCAAGUCAGAUAAGCUUGUCUGACAGGAUGAGAACGGAAAGUGUAACACACAACACGGUGCUUGUCGAGGGUGACGGGGGUGAUGAUUAUGAUGAGGUGUCAAUAGCGAGUAUGGACGAUGACGAGGUCAUGAACUCCAACAACCGGAACCCAUUCGAAUCCAGCAAGGACAGUUCAAGCUACAUUACGAACAGUAUGAAGUCUAAUACCACUUCUAAGAAAGCUAACGACAUUCGACCAUUCUACGACCUGUACGCGGUAACUUCUCACACGGGUCAAAUAGGAGGAGGUCACUACAUGGCAUUUGCACUUAACCCAAAUCGACAGUGGUACUACUACAACGAUUCUCAGGUGAAGAAAACAACAAAGAAACGUGUAUUAUCAGAACCUGCUUACAUCUUGUUUUACGAGAGGAAGAACUUAAGGCUGGACGAUCUUCUUCCCAGCUACGGCGAUCUGGAUCAAUACGACGACACACAUUUUGACUACGAUGCAAGUAUCAUAAUGAAAGAUGUCCUUGAAAAUGCGGAUCGUACUGACAAACGGAAUUUCUGUUCUUUGCAGUGACAAGUUUUUGUGGCUUCUGUUUUAUUGGGGAUGAAGAAAUUUUCGUUGUUGUGUUUGAGUUUGAAAAUGGUAAAUCGGAAUAUUGAGAAUUGUGGUGGGAUUGGAAAUAUGAUAAUUAAAAUUGUUGGACAAUUAAGAUCAAGUAAUUAAGAUUAGUUAAUUAAGAUUAUUGGUAAGAAUAAACUAUAAGUCACGUUAAUUUAUGAAUCGGGGCAUUAUAGCCAGAAGAAAUUUACCAUUUGAUUAGUUUAAUAACUGUUUAAAUAUGAUACAGUUAGUACAGUACACCCGAUUGGAGUUUUGAAUCUGAAUUUUUAAACAUGAUCAGGGCAAGUAAAAAACUCCUGGUAUAUCGGGUUUUUCGGAGGAAAUUUAAAAUUAAUUGGUUCGAUCUAUGGUCAAUAUUUAGCUGAUACAUAACUUUCAUUUUCAAUCCUUAACUCUUAUCCUGGAAUGUAUCAUGUAUUUAGCUUUUUAUCAAAAUGACAGAAUUUAGAAUUUAUUAAAUUGUUAUAAUUAUAGAGUUUGGUCUUAAAGCUUUAGUCAGACUGAGUAAAUAAUUGUGAAUUGUUUCGAAGCACAUAAUCAUUUUUUUCAGAAUUUUCACAUUUUAUAGAAUUAUUUGUCAAUCUUUCACAUUUUGAUAUCAGUAUAAUUGUUGAAUGUUGGGUCCAUCCUGCAGAAGAAUCUCGUGCCCCAGGACUCUUAUCUAAACACAGUUACCCAAGUGUUAAUUUGCCUUUUCAUCUAAGAGAUAACUUUUGAGUGAUUUUUAUAAUUUUUUACAUUUUUACUGAAGUUUAUAAUCAAAGGCGCUGGAUGCCUAUGAAGAUUUUAUAAUGUAACUUUAAUUCGAUGAAUAUGUACUGAUUGUAUACUUACUUUAUAUUAUAUGAAGUUUAACCGAA